AUGUUUGUUCCGAAGUCAGCCAUCUUUAGUGCUCUUCCACUAGUACUACUACUAGUACUAGCCACUUCCAUGGGAUCAUCCUUUGCGUUCCAACAACCAACGCAAUCGACGACGACAGCUCCGCAAAUAUCCAGUAGGAUCCAACAACAACAAACAAGGACUUCUACUGCGCUUCAUGCCAAACUGGAAGGCAUUCUUUGGGAUCAAGAUGGAGUCCUUGCGGAUACCGAACGGGAUGCCCAUCGGCCUGCCUUUAAUGCUGUCUUUGCGCAAGACAACUUGGACACGGAAUGGGAUGUGGAACGAUAUGGAAAAUUAUUGGAGACUGGAGGAGGAAAGGAACGAAUGACGGCACAUUGGAAUGAAGUUGGGUGGCCCGAAAACUUUCCAGAAGAUCGUCAGUCCAAAGUGAAAGAGCUCCAUCUUCGCAAGACGGAUAUCUUUAAUGAAAUGAUCAAGGAGGGCAAUGUUCCUUUGCGUCCGGGUGUAUUGCGGGUCAUUGACGAUGCCAUUGCUGCCGGUCUAAAGCUUGCCGUCUGUUCUACCAGUAGUGAAUUUGCGGUCCGCAACCUGGUCAGUACCCUGAUGGGACCAGAACGGGCCUCCAAGUUUCAAAUCUUUGCGGGUGACAUGGUAAAGGCAAAGAAGCCAGCUCCUGACGUGUACAACAUGGCGGUAGAGACCAUGGGAUUGGACAAGUCCAAAUGCGUUAUUGUGGAAGAUAGUCAUAUUGGAUUGGGUGCCGCCAUGGGGGCUGGGAUUUCUUGCAUUGUGACCAAGAGUAGUUACACGGUAGACGAAGAUUUCACGGGGGCGGACAUGAUUGUUGACGAAUUGGGAGAUGAUGCUAGUACUGGAGUAACGCUGGAAACCCUCGAAUCGCUAUUGAAGGAUUAA